AUGGGUCUUUUAAUGAUGUCUGAUAAACUUCCUGCCAAUGUUAAAGAAUGGACUCCAGCUCACAUUAAAAAAUAUCUCAAGAGACAUAUGAAUAAUUCAAGUUAUAAUGAAGAUGACAUUGAAAAAAUCGAAAAACAGAAUACCGGUGGAAAAGCUUUUCUCAGAUUAACCAUACAAAUGCUUACUAAUGAAAAUGGUCCAUUCAAAAUUAAGUUUGGGAACGCAACCGAUAUUAUGGAGUUAGUAGAAAAACUAAAAGAAAAACAAGCAGAAGAGCAAUCUACGUCUGUUGAAGUUGUAACUGCCUCUGAAUUCAAUAAAUUUUGUGAUAACUAUCGAAAAACAUUAAAAGAGAAUAAUACAAUUAUUAAUAACAUAUUAAGUGAGAUUAAAAGAUUAUAUAGAGAAGAAUAUAAUCCUAACUUAUUGGGUCUAUAA